GAAAUUAUAUUUAUAUGUUCUUAGGAGUUAGUGGUUUAGCUGCAUUAUAUUAAAUUACAAAUUAAGAAGAAGAAAUCACGUAUACAGAUUUUCUAAAAAACUAUCUAGAGGUUAAUUAAGUGAGUUCGAUUACUAUUUAUAAGAAUGAAACAAGUAGAGUGAAUUAGGCAUCUAUUAUGACAUUAAGAGGACCAUCAAAAAGAUUAAUGAUUAUGAAUGUGGAUAAUUUUCUAGAAAAUCUGGAAAGAUUUUAGACUGAAAAAGGAUUGAGUCCUGAAUAAUUCAUACCUGUUAAUUUUGAAGCAUAAUUAGAUAAAGGUAAAUUAAUGGAUAGAGUAUUAAAUGUUUUAUAUUUUGGUGUCACUGUUACAUUAGUAAUAGUUCUAUUUUAAUCACUUAAAAGUAGUAUGGGAGGUAUCAAUAAAGGAAGUGGUGGAGCUGGAGGAAAUGAUGUAUUUGGAUUUGGUAAAUCUAAUGUAAAAUAAUUUGGAUUUGAAUAAAAUGUAAAAGUAAAGUUUAAGGAUGUUGCUGGAUUAGAUGAAGCUAAAUUAGAAAUCAAAGAAUUUGUAGAUUUUUUAAAGAAACCUCGUAAAUAUAAGGAAAUGGGAGCAAAAUUACCAAGAGGUGCAUUAUUAGCAGGUCCUCCAGGAACAGGUAAGACAAUGGUGGCAAAGGCAUGUGCUGGAGAAGCAGGAGUUCCAUUUUUUUUUGUAAGUGGUUCAGAUUUUGUUGAAAUGUUUGUUGGAGUAGGAGCAAGUAGAGUUAGAGAUUUAUUUAAAUAAGCAAAAGCUAAAUCUCCAAGUAUCAUAUUCAUUGAUGAAAUUGAUGCUGUUGGUAGAAAAAGAGAUGCUAAAUUUGGAGGUAAUGAUGAAAGAGAUAAUACAUUAAAUUAAUUAUUAGUAGAAAUGGAUGGAUUUGGAACUGAUACUAAUGUUAUUGUUUUAGCUGCUACUAAUAGAAAAGAAUUACUUGAUCCAGCAUUAACAAGACCUGGUAGAUUUGAUAGAUCAGUAGAUAUAUCAUUACCAGAUAUUGAAGGUAGAAAAUAGAUAUUUAUGGUUCAUUUGGCACCUUUAAAAUUAGAUCCAAGAAAAACUAUGGAAGAUUAUGCAAGAAGAUUAGCCACUUUGACUCCAGGAUUUAGUGGAGCUGAAAUUGCUAAUCUUUGUAAUGAAGCUGCUAUCAUGGCAGCUAGAGCUAAUAAAAUAUAUGUUGAUUCUGAUGAUUUUGAAAUGGCAUCAGAAAGAGUGAUGGCUGGUUUAGAAAAGAAAAGAACCAUAAGUGAAGAAGAAAGAAAGAUUGUUGCAUAUCAUGAAUCUGGACAUGCUGUUGUCAGUUGGUUUUUAUAAGGAGGACAUCCUUUACUUAAACUUACAAUAAUUCCCAGAAGUAAAGGCACUUUGGGAUAUGCAUAAUAUUUACCAAAUGAAUCAAAUUUAGAAUCAAAAGAAGAAUUAUUGGAUAGAAUCUGUUGUAUUUUAGGAGGAAGAAUUGCAGAAGAGAUAUUUUUUGGAUAAAUAACAACUGGUGCUUAUGAUGAUUUAAAGAAAGCUUAUGAAAUCACUCAUAAUAUUGUAACCAAAUUUGGUAUGAGUGAGAGUAUUGGUUAUAUUGGAUUUUAGGAAGGUGAGUUUCUAAAGUCUUAUAGUGAUAACACCAAUAAAAAGAUAGAUGAUGAAAUAAAGUAGAUUAUAGAGGAUUAAACUUAGAGAACUAGAUCUUUGUUGAGAGAGAAGAAAGAAUUUGUUGAUAAGUAAAUUUAAUAAGUAAUUAUAGUUUGGCAACAAGAUUAUUAGAGAAGGAAACUUUGGAUUUAUAGAAAAUCAUAGAGGUUUUAGGAGAACGACCUUUUCCUCCUCGAUCUAAUUAUAAGGUAUACUUAGAAAUUAAAAAGGAAGAUUCUAAAUAGACUUCUGAAUGA